AUGGACGAUCACCAGCCACAAAAUAAUGCUUCAAUCGUAUUUACUAAGAUUCGUAAUUUAACUACAGGACAAAGCUACAACAUAUUAUGUAAAAUAUUAGAAAUUUAUCCAUGGCGGCAAACUAAAGGAGAAGAUUUAGUUAUGACUCUAAAAGUACAAGAUGAUCCAUCAGAUGAUUAUAUUUUUGUAAAAAUAUUCAGUCCUAAAGCCAUUCAUAAAGAUUGCUUUAAUUUGGGUGAGACAAUUUCAAUUUGUGGAAUAAAGCACUUUAAAUUAGAUCUGUACAUUUUAGACAAAAAAGGAAGUAUAAAAAAAAUACAAGAUAGUAACAAUAUUAAAAAGAAUACGUAUAAUAGUUUACAACAUUCUUUAAAAUGUAUUAAAGAUCUUCAAGUGACAGAAUAUAUUAAAUUUAAUGGUAAAUUAAUUUAUAAACAAAAAGAGAGUAAAAAUCUGGUAAUACUUGGGUUUAUCGAUUAUACUGUUAAUCCAUUAAUUCAAUUAACUAAAAAUAAGGCUUAUUACACCAAUAAUAUGGUAUUGUAUGUUAAGACUUGGGAUAACAUAUCUAAGGUAGCUGUGUCUUUGGUUAUCAAUUCUUUUUAUAAUCUUGAAAAUCUAAAAGUAAAGGUAGAUGUAUCAAAAAUAUCUGCAGAUUUAUCUGAUUCUCCUUUAUCAAAAAUAACAGAAAUAACUGAUAUUAAUGUUAUAAAAGAAAUUAAAGCUCGAUCUAAUUUUCUAGCUGAUAAAGUUAUUUCUUUCUCAGAAAAUGUAUACAGUUCUAUUGAGCUAAAACUAAUAAACGAAAUUAAAAAACCUGGAUAUUAUAAAAUACAAGUAAAAAUAUUAAGACAUCAUCCAUUUCAGGGUUAUUACAUCGAUGUGUGUAUUAAAUGUAAAAAAGCGCAAGAAGAAUCUUUGUUUAAAUGUGAAUGUAAUUCUCCACCUGAAAGAUUUUUUGUUGUAAAAUAUCUUGUGCGUGACGAUAGUGGAGAAUUCGUUUUGCUAGCAAAAAAUGAAGUGGCACGGGCUAUGUUGUCAAGAUUCGAAACAUCAAAAAAAAUAGAGUUAUUAGUCUAUUGCAAUUUUAUUGAUCAAUGUAUUCAUUUAGAAAUUAAAGAUCUACCAAAUUACAUAUAA